GUUCUCUUAUUUUAUUCGGCCUGAUUCUAUUUUUGUCAGUUUGUCCGUAAUUUUUAAUUUUUGGUCCUUAAAGUCCGUAUUUUUAAAUACUUUCACUGCUUCGAGCCCUGUUCUCGUGAAAUUACGCUUGUGGACAGAAGUGGGCCACUGCAUUGACGUUCCGUUUCGACAUGUAGUGAUUUUGUAUAAACCAAUGAAGUGGUUUUAUGAAUUAAUUUGAAUAUUUUAGCAAUCAUGCCACCAAGAAAGGGUAAGCCGACUGGCUAUGAAGCCGUUGACUGCGACAAAUUACUUCAUUGUAUAAAACAAAUGAAAAUUAAUAAAAUGUCGGAACGCACUGCUUGUGCUGCUGCCGGUAUGAGCCGAUCAACUUUUCAACGUCAGCUGAAACGCCUUGUUACCGAGUUUGAGGAUUUUGCAAAGGCCACUGAUGAAGAAUUGUUGGAUUUCCUCAAAGGAAGACCAAGACACGGUGGAAAAACGAUCUUGACUGAUGUUCAAGAAAAAAAUCUUGCCCAAUACAUCAUUGAAUGUGCGAAAAUCAAUAAUGGUCUCACCAUCGAUGACGUGUGCAAGUUGGCGUUGCAAUUUGCACAAAAAGUUGAAGCUGAUUAUCCAUCCAAUUGGGAUGAUGCCGGAAAAGCUACCAGAGAUUGGUAUUACGCUUUUGUGAAACGUCAUGGUACCCCUUUGAUUGAAUGUUUGGUUUUGGAAAAAGAGCCGGCUAGGCCUAAAGAGGUCAGCUCUGUUGCAUCUACGUCUCAUUCAACUGGAUGAAAUCGGUCCACUUCGUCAUGUCACCCCGAAGAAAAAAUCGAACUGAGGACGAAAACCAAAACGGUAACGUCAUCAUCAAAAGAAGAUCGUGACUUUUGUUUGAUUUGCACUUAAUUAAUGGCACAUAAAAUGACAAGGAAGAAUUCAAUCGAGUGCAAGCGAUUUUACGUGUCAAAAUUGUAACUGUUAUAGAUGUAACCGACAAGGAAUAACUUUACGGUCUUUUCAUUACAUUUUUUUUACUUUUUUUUGUGUAUAUUU